AUUGCGGUGAAGAGAGCCGAAAUUGCGGUGAAGAGCGGUUGAAAUUUCUUAUUUUUUUGCCUGUUUUAAAGACACGGCUUCUGCGCGUGCGCCAGCCUGGGGACUCCACCCGAAGUUGAUAAUCCCCCGGAUUGUUCAGUCUAAAAACCAUGACCAGCCGACAAUUUAAGAAAGAAAUUCUCAAUCUUUCAAGAGCACUGAGUCAUGUCGUCGAGUAGAAAAGAAUAUUAUGCUAGUAGAGAUGCCUCUAAAGUGUAUUUGUUGGGUUCUUUCCCUCGAUGGAGAGCGUUUAAGGAGCAGCAUAAAUUGAGAACAGACAAGGAUGUGGCGGAUAUGCUUCUUGACAGCUAUCUUGCGAUGAAUCGUAUAGUUUGCAAUGCAGAGACGCAAACCGAAACGGUAAUGGAAUCAAGGGAUAUGCCGCCAAGUACACCUUCCAAAUAUUUUUCUUCUCCCAUUAAAACCUCAACGCCAAACGCGCACUCAAAUCCGCGUCCAUUGUCUGCUUUGUCGGAUGUUAGAACAUCAUAUUCUAUCAGGUCGGGUCAGAGUGUGAUUUCUGACAGUCGAACGUUGACAGCCAAAGAUGAUAGUUCUGAUGAUGAAAGUGAUGAUGAUAAUGACAGUUUUGGUGAACACACUAUCCAGGCAGACCAGGUUUUGUCGGACGAUUCUCUUGAUGUAUGUCCCCCGGGUUUUGACGUGCCAUUACUGGAUGACUUGCUCAAUGUGACAAUCCGUGGACAUGAUGGAGAUGAACCCACAGAAGAUGUUGGAACCCAACAACAACAACAGCAGCAACAUAAGACGAUUCAACCAGAAUACAUCUCUACUGUGGAAGAAGUCAGUCCUGAAGAUGCAAUCAAGAAAGAAAAGUGUAUUGUGUUUACAGACACUCUUAUAGCUUUGAUAACAUCAUUAAUGGGAGUGUUUGUAAACAACAAGGAUGUGGCCGUGUCAAAGAACAUUGCAAAGAAAAUCACUACUGCUGCUAAAUCUAAAGACAAUGCAGAUUUGACCUUGUGGGCACCAUCAAUAAGGAACCAUUUUUGGUAUUGUUCAAAAACAUGUGCUAAUGACUCAAAAAAUCUCAAAGAUAAGUGGAUUGGUAUUUUACACCAUGUUUUUGAUGAGCAUGAGUGGGUGUUGGAGGAAGGUGUAAAUGGUGGAAAAUGUGAACAUGAUCCUCUUAAUGAAAGUGAGAGAAAGAAGCCAUGGCUUAAGAAAGAGUCUUCUGCCCAUAAAGCACUGGCAAAGAUCAUUCUGGACACUCGCUUUUUUAACACUUUGGUGUAUUAUGUUAACUUCAGGCACACAGGAUUUUUAGAGUCCUUUCAUAAUGUAAUUUUGAUGUAUGCUCCAAAGCGCCAUGCCUAUUCAUACUCAGUAUACCAAGCUAGAAACCAGCUUGCUGCCUUGGACUUUAACCACCACAAAGGCCGAGCACCAGCAACUACAGCUGAUGGGAAAGAAAGGUACGGUCGGAAGUUCAGUAAGCGUACACAACAGUGGUGCCGUGUUCGUGUUCUUGUACCAAAAGAAUUUAGUUACAUUCCUGAACUGAUGCAGAAGGUUUUUAUAAAGAGGAUCGAAUCAGAAGGGAAUGUAAACAAAAGACUUGGUAUUCCAAGUGAUGAUCCUAGACAAAUUGCACCCAAUAUUGCCCCUGUUCCUCCUCCAUCAGUACAGACACUUGUCGAACAAGAUUUUAAUGAUUGUGUGUAAAAUCAAGUUACUUUGGGAAGGUGGAGCUCAUUAGCCAUGGUAGGCAGUGCAGUUCACCUAAGAGAAGGAAAACUCUAAUUUCAAACCCCCAGACCCUAGGUCAGGCUGUCCAUGUCGGAAUCAUUGAUGUUAUCAACGAACACACACACAACGUGUUUUUUCAAGUCACAAAUGCAAAAUACACACAAAUAUUAAUAGAACAAUACCUAUCAUUCGCUGCGAGCAAGCCUUUACGUUUCUCCUUCCCCAUCUUUCGGCGCCAUAGUUCGUUCUGAAAUCAAAUAAGCAAGGAAAAACUAAAUUAAAGUAACUGCUCUCUUGCAUUUGACAUUUUCAACCGGAAUAUAGAAGAUGAAGCAGUAAAAAUCGGCAGGAAUAUCACCACGUACCUAAGCAAGACUUCCAACUUUUCCCGAACUUCCUCGAAACUGCAAGUGCAAAGACUGAGUUUCGUCUAGAUUGUAGGUUCAACUGCCUUUUAUUACUUCAAAGACAAAGAAAAUUCCAAUGGACAAUGAACGCAUUGACAACAAUAGAUAAUCAACUAACUCAUGCCAGACUUGCUUUAAUUAUAUAAAUCAUAUAAUUAAAAUAAACGUGUUAUUUCUAUACCCAAUGUUCUUAAUUAGAACAACGCAUUUUGCAAUAUCUUAAA